UAUCAUUGUCAACAUCAAUUCUAAUUGAGCAUGGCUUUACCCUAUUGACAUGGAUGAUCUAGAAGAAGAAAAUAUAAUGAUAUACCAAGGGAUUACCCUAUGCCACAGUAGCAAGAAACUCUUGUUCGCUCAUCCGGUUGAACUGAUGUGUAUGCGUGUAUAUGUGUGAGAUAUUAUAGCAAAGUUACUGACGCUCGUAGAUUGCGACAGUCAAACGCAGUUAUGUGUUUAUACGCCAUUUUGCAUUUAUGUCAUACCUGAUUAAACCAUGCUUAUUAUUAGCCUGGUUUCCUGAAACAGCAAGGUUGUUUCCUUUCUCUUUUUUUUUCUCUUUCUUUCCACAACAGCAACAUGAAUUCUUCAAGCCCUUCGAUAAAGUUUAGCAUCGAUCAAAAGGCAGCGUAUCAUUACAAGUCGUUCACUAAUUUGAUGAACGAAGCUAGCAAGAUGUAUACCAACAGACCUUUUGCUCAUUAUUUCUCCAACGGCAAAUACAAAAUCUUGACGUAUGCCAAUAUAGACCACUUGGCGACAAAUUUGGCAUGCAGAUGGGCAAAAGAAGCUCGCGAUGUCAAAGUGGCUACUCUUAUUGCCGAUCAUAACAUCGACUACUUGAUCAUCAUGCUUGCAUUGAUGAAACUCCGCGUUACCUUAUUAGCGCUAUGCCCGAAGAACUCGGAAGCGGCCGUUGUGAAUCUUUUGGAGAAAACAAAGUCAAGCUUGGUAUUUGCAAGUAAAAAACACGAGCCAUUGGUUAAGUCAUCUGCAGAAAAAGUAAAGGAAAAAAGUAUUAAAAUGGUUACUGUUGAUCGCUUGGAUAUAGAAGCUUCCUUAAAUGAGGCAUUGAACUCUGACUAUGAAAAGAUUCUCGAUUUGAAAUUUUCUGAGGAUGACAUAAGGAAAGAUGCAUUGAUCAUCCACAGUUCUGGAUCAACAGGCUUACCAAAACCUAUCUAUCUCAGUAACCAAUAUCUGAUCAAUAUCAUCAGCUUUUUACAUAUGAUUAAAGAAGUUGAUCCAGAAGCAGAUGGUCUCGCUAGAGAUGACGUAUUCCUUAAUGGUGUUCCUUUAUAUCAUGUCUUUGGCUUUUACUGCGUAUUCCAAAUGGCUACAAUAGGAGGAAGUGUUGUAUUUACUCAGAAUCUCCCAUCUUCGGGAGAUGAGAUAAAGCAUGCCCUGAUUUCUACCAAUGCUACAUUAAUGUGUGCUCCUCCAGCUACCCUUGAGCAAAUCCUUCACCAAGUAAAAGUAGAUAAAGAGUUUCAAGAAGCUCUUCGUCGUUUGAGAUUUAUUCUCUUUGGCGGAGCCCCCCUGAAGCGUAAAACUGGUGAAUGGUUCCACAAGCAUGGAAUUAACUUGCGUGUCGAAUAUGGAACAACCGAAAUAGGAGCAAUCAUGGCAGCCAAUAUGAAUUCCAAAAGUGAUAACUGGAGCGCCAUGAGAUCGUACAUCUUUGACCCUCGUGGUAAUGACUAUUGUGUGUUUGAGACCAAUGAUUCAUCAGAACCUGACAUUAAGCACAUGUACGUUCGAAGAGAUUCGCCUACAUUAGCAACCAAUGUGUCCAAUCGACCAGAUGGUGGUUUCAGUACGGGUGAUUUAUUCAAGGAACAUCCUGACUACCCUGGAUAUUACAUCUACAUUGGACGACGAGAUGAUAUACUUGUGAUGGAAAACGGAGAAAAGGCAAACCCAGCUCCCCAGGAAUCGGUAAUAGGCCAAUGUCCGUUGGUCAAGCAAGUAGCUGUCUUUGGAAAUGGUCGUCCAUGUACUGCGGCAUUAAUUGUAGUGGAUGAAGAGCAGAUCAAUGGCCAAGACGAAGAUGAGAUAUUUGAAACAAUAUUUCAAGCAGUCGAAGAUGCCAAUAAAGAUUCUCCUCGUCACAGUAUAAUCUUGCGUGAGAUGGUAAAAAUCCUUCCAAAGGGGAAAACAUUGCCCUUAGGACCCAAAGGAAAUAUGCUACGUAAAAAAGCAGAGAGUGAAUAUGAAGAAUGUCUUGAUCAAAUGUACAAAGAGUUCUUUGAAGGCCACUCUGCUCAAGGUGGAAACACCAAGCCAUUAUCUGAUAUAGACAUCGAAUCAAUUCUAAUCAGAUGUGUUUCUGACAUCUUGAAAGUACCUGAAUCUUCUUUAGACGAUCAUCAUCAGUCAUUAUUUGAACUAGGUCUUAACUCUUUAACCGCAACCCAGCUUCGAAGCAGAAUAAUUAAACAUAUCCAACAAGUCCCUCAAAACUUUAUCUAUCGUUGCCCCACCAUUGCUGGCAUGAAAGAUGCAUUGUCGACGGACGGAGAGCAAAACCUGGAAGACUACGCGGAGCAAAAGUAUGACAAGACUAUGGAUAUCCUCCAAAAAUAUAUACAAAAGGCAGAAAAAGAACUUUCUGUUUGUGAAAGUAAAAAGGACAUUUCAAAUGAACAUGAACAGGUCAUUUUACUCACUGGUGCUACGGGUUCGCUUGGUUCAUUUAUCUUGUCAAACUUGCUAAAAAACAACGCUGUGAAAAAGGUAUUUUGCAUGGUUCGUGGAAAGGGCUCGAAUGCUAUAGAACGGCUCAAAGAAUCUUUUGAUUCACGCUAUCUUGACUCAUUAUUGCUGUCAUCAAACAACAGCCGUUUAGAAGUAUUGUCAAUCCAGUCUCGUCAAGGGCGCUUUGGCUUAUCAGACAAACUCUACCAUAAACUGAAAGAUGAGGUUACAACUAUCAUACACGCAGCAUGGAUACUUGACUUCAAUAUGUCUGUAGACUAUUAUGAUCAAGAGUGCAUCCCGUUCCUUUACAAUUUAAUCAAAUUAGCACAUCGUCAAACUAACCCUAUGCAUUUCCACCUGAUCUCUAGUAUCAGCGCAGUCAGCAACUUGAAAUCUAGCAAGGAAAUAGAGGAGAAACCAUAUGUAGAGGACACCCAUGUUUCAAUGCCCACAGGAUACGCGCAAUCCAAGUUUAUUGCUGAAGCUUUGAUGGACUAUUUGGUAAAAAAGAAAAACUUUCCAUGCUUCAUCGAACGUCUUGGACAAGUCUGUGGUGACACUGAAAACGGUGUCUGGAAUGCACUUGAACAGUAUCCUUUGAUGUUAAUGGGUGGUCAAAUAAUGAAAAAGAUGCCCAAAAUGGAUAUAAAGGUUGAUUGGAUACCAGUAAAUGACGCUGCUAAUUCUAUUUCAGAAAUUGUGCUUCGUACUGCUAAUACAGACUACAAGUCUUUGGAUGGCUUUGUAUUUCAUAUAGUCAAUCCCAACACUAUAACAUGGCCAAAGCUCCUUGAUAUUAUGAAGAGCUGUGGCUUGAAUUUUGAAUCCGUACCCUUUCAAGAAUGGGUUGAAUUGCUUUCACACACUGAUGAUACUAACCCUGCGUCUCCUUUACUACCAUACUAUCAGGCUAAUGUGGACCAUUUAUUAAACAUGCCUGGAUGGAAGACAGAAAAGGCAGCUCAAAUGGCCCCUUCACUUUCCAAAGCAUGCCCUGUCGGUCCUGACUUGUUCAAAAAGUUCUUGGUAUAUUGGAAGUCCAUUGGGUAUUAUAAGUGAAUCUAUUGAUGCUUAGAAAAUGGCAUACAUUUACCACUUAAUAAAAGGAACCAAAUUUAUAAAGACGAGUAAAUAAUAUAGAACUUUCACCUAAAGAGACCAUAAACACGGAGUCCACAGACCAAAAAAAAAAAUUGCCCCAGCUUGAUAAAAAAGCCAUGAAAUACUGAUUAUUGUUAUGGUGAACGUCUGGAUUAUAUGAGGUAUAUGAAUCUUUGCCAAGACGAGAACCAGCGGAUGAAGGGGCUCUUGAUCAAUGUCUUAAAGAGGUGGCUGGAUGUGUAGUGUGUGUUUAAGAUGCUCAAGGCUCUAUAAUGACUAUCUACCAUUGCUUUCAUCUGUUAAUCAUCGCUGGUGGCUUUGGGGAGGACUUAUGUGAGAGCUUGUUCAGGCAAAAGGAAAAACCCAAGCGAUCGUGUGUGUAAGAUGAUGGUCGCCCAUAUGUGGACAGUUGGGUUUAUGACUGUGACGCCUUGACUGGCAUCAGCUCC